UGAACAUGGACUAUGCCAACAUUGUUGAUUUGGAUCCACUUAUUAAGAACUGGGCUUGGACGCAAUUUCAGAAGUCUAGUAAGGACGCUAAAAAGCACGAAUACAAAAACGUACUAUUGAAGAUCAAUUGGAACCACACGGAAUUUAGCACGUUCGACUUGGAAUAUCUAAACAAGGAUCGUAGCAAAGGUCAGAGGUCGCAAGUAGUAUUUAAAUCCAUCUACGAAAAUAAUACGAAGGAAAAUCAGGAGAACUCUUUCACUACAGAACGAACCACUACUUCUACAUGUACCACAGCUUUGACUCAAGGUUUCUCGAAAGGAUUUAAUAUUGAACUGAAGUUAGCCCUCCCUGAGGAUAUUAUGGAGGUGAGUACAGGAUUCGGUCGUGAGGUGACUAUGGAGAAAGGAAGUGAAGAAACACACGAAGAGAGUUUGACAUGGACAGCGAAUAGUUCUGUGCAAGUACGACCAAAACAUCGUACGACGGCUUCUUUGGUGGUAACAGAAGAGGAGUUCCACUGUGACUUCCGUUUGUCUGUUCGUAUUCGAGGGCGUAUCGUUGUUGUACUGACCAACUUGCUAGACAACAAUUCAUUCUUAUCGGUCGUUGAGGGAAACAUUGUUCAGCUCUUGAGUUCGCAUCAAGAUAUAAUGAGAAAUUGUAGAAGAGAAAAUGGUUGCCUUAUAUGGAGUGUAACGGGGAAAAGUAAAUUCCGUUACGGUGUCGAACAACAUAUAAAAAUUGAUGAAGAACCCCUUGACGCCUGAAAUACAGAGAGACAAAAAAAAAAACAGGCUCGUUUUUUAAGCCGUCGCCAUUUUCCAGUACAUUUUAUCUUUUUUUCUGUCUUUCUAUCUUGUUUCAACCAUUUGACUGCUGCCAUGCUGGGACAUCGCCUUGAAGGGUUUUAAUCGAAGAAGUCUACCCUAAGACUUAUUUUAUUUAAAGCCUAAUACUUCUUCUCUCGGUAACUUUUGGCGAACCGCUAAGUUAAGGGGACAUAAACACACACCAACACCGGCUCUCAAGCGUUGGUGUGGACACACACACACGCACGCACGCACGCGCACACACACACACACACACACACACACACACACAUGUAUACGAUGGCCUUCUUUCAGUUUCCGUCUACCAAAUCCACUCACAAGGCUUUGGUCGGCCCGAGGCUAUAGUAGAAGACACUUGCCUAAGGUGCCACGUAGUAGGUCUGAACCUACUCCCAUGUGAUUGAGAAGCAAGCUUCUCACCACACACCCACACCUAUUUAUAAAUAAUUGUCCCAUUAAAAUAUUUUACAUUUUUUAAAAUUAUUUGUAACAAAAUUACAUUUAUCAGUGAUUCUAUUUUGAAGAGACUAGAAGUAUUUGUUUAUUUACAUUAUUUUUUUAACUGUUUAUUUGCAUGUUUCUUUUAGUUAUAUUUACUUAAUGAUCCAUAAAAUUUCAUUUUAAAAAAUAAUGGUUUUUUUUAAUUGAACAAAACACUUUAAUGAAAUGCGGUUUUGAGUGAUAUAUUAUAUUAUCAUAUGUUUAUGAUUUGGAAGCAAUAAAAAUCGACUUAAAAGUGAAAGCAGAAAGAUAUUUGUAGGCUUUCGUUAGGAAAAAAUAUUCAUUAAGUUUUCAUAAUUGAACCAUAUAUAGAAUGGUGAGAAAGUUCAAUAAAUGAGCUCCUUGAAGUUGAAUUUCUUAACAUUACGGAAUGCUUAUGUAGCGAUAUUUAGUUGCGUCCCUUUAUUUUCCGAGUUUGAAUCCCGCCGAAGUCAACAUUACCUCUAUUCCAAUUAAAUACAGGAGUCGAUUUAAUUAACUAUUUCUCCCUUAACGUUUGUGUUUAAAGUAAAGAUUAUUAUAACUUUUAGUAAGAGGAUUGUGAAUUGGUUGCCUCGGCUGGGCGGUGGACAUCACACUAAGAUUGAUAAAAAGCUACCAGUGAAGUAAUGAAGAUGAUUUCAAAGAAUUGAACCUCUUCCUUUGAGGUUUGGCUCCUUGGUUAUAUAGAAAUCUUUAGUGCAGCUUUUAAGAAGACAGCAAGCUGGUACAAUAAUUGGAAUGCCGAACAAAAUAACUAGCGACAUUUUUUCCGUCUCUGUUUGUUCCACAGGGUGGAUUAAAUAAACACCAGCUGAGUGGUAAGGUUCAUAUACUCGACUAGCUCCCCACCCCAAGAUUUCAGGCCUUGAAAGAAUUUUUACUUUACAGAAGGGUGGAACUGGCAGAAUCGUUAGAAGUUUGGGAAGUGUGCCUUGCGGUAUUUGUUCCAGCUUUUUUCAUUACGAACUUAAAUCCCACCAAGGUUAACUUUGUCAUUCAUCUAAACGUAGUUUAUAGCAUAAAGUAUGAGUAAAGUGUUUGGUGAAGGUAGGUGGGGUGAGGAUCAUUGUAAUCGACUAUCCCUGUCACCUUAAAAAAAUAUAGUGGCCUUGCCCUUAAUAAUUAUUAAAAGUGGCUUUGCCGGUUGAGACGUCAGAGAAGUACGUUUCGGUCGCUUUACUUUCUGAGUUCAAAUUCCGCUGUUGUCAACUUUGCUUUUUAAAUUUCUCCAGGGUAGACAAAAUAAAGUAGCAGUCAAGUCGUUCACCCGCUCUACCUUAAAAAUUACCGGCCUUGUGCAUAAAUUAAAAGUAUUUAUUAUUAUUAUUAUUGAGAGAAUUGUAUUAUAAACCAAUAAACUGCUGAUAUCUUCAUUUGUGUUGCAAACUAAACGAAUACGCAAAAUCAUAAAACAGCUGAAAUCUUUCAUGCUAUUAUAUAUCUAAAGUAAAUAAAAUUUUAUUUUUACAGGC